UUCAUAGUUCUUGAUGAUAAACUUGGAGAAAAAAGCCGAGACGAAAGAGGUCUCGAUCCGUAAUGUCCAUGACAAGACAGACUUGCUCGUGGACAUCUUUGAAGCCUUCGUGAUUGAUGACAGAGAUGUCUUGAAGCCACACUACGGCCCUAACUACUACUUCAUCAAAGUAUGGAUAAACGAGGCAGAACAGUACGGGACAUCAGUGGUGAAAGGUUUCAAAGGCAGAUCCAUUAUUGUUAAUCAAGGAAUUCAGAUUCCUUUGGAGUCUUCUUCAAAGUAUUUGUACGUAGAGGUUCUUAAAGGAUGCUCGUUUAGAGAUCCUGGAACAUCUAACGGAACUGUUGUCAUGGGUCGUGCGAGGAUUACGCUGCCUCCUCCGUUUAGUCAUGGCUGGAUCACCGGUGUCUUUGAUCUUGUCGGGUUUAAGAGUGGUGGCGGUGUUGACAGUGAUCUAUGUCUUGUCAAAAAGGGAACCAUAAAAAUUGCUAUGAAACUUCGUCACAUGAGAAAUCAUCGUGAAAUUGUUCCUUCCGGAUAGGAGAGAAUUAGGGUUUUUCUUUUUCUUUUCUUUUCUUUUA